AGGGGGAAGAAAUAAUUUUCAAACCUUAUUGAAUUACUUCGUAAAGCCAAAAGGAAUCGACGAAACCUGAAGCCAAGCAAUUUCGGUACUGUGCUCUAAUAAGGAUCCAGCUGUCAACAUGCGUCCGGUUUUCAACAUCCUUGGCCGUUGAUGUUUAUUUCUCUUCGUCAGAACACAGAAGCGAUCGUAGGUUGAAAGCGGUAAACUGUUUGUAAAAUGGUGGCUAAGGCGAACGUUGGUUUUAUCGUUUCUUUUCGGAACUUGAGUAACGUUACAACUGGACCAAAAUCCGCGUUGUUUUAUGGAAUUUGGGGAGUUUUACCUUUUAUUACUAUUCCGAUUUAUAUGGGAAUAACUGGUAAAAAUAUCCCACAACUCAUUUAUGCUGAUUUGACAUAUGGUGGUGGCAUUGUGUCUUUCCUAGGGGCUGUCAGAUGGGGACUAGCAAUUCCAAAUUCUAAGGAAAAAACUCUCAAACCAAGUUUUCAGACCCUUGGUUGGGCUAUAACUCCAGUUAGCGUUGCUUGGCUGGCUCUACUCACUUCUUCAACUAUUGGAAGUCUUAUGAUAAUUGGAACAUUUCUUGCUUGUAUUUUCCAAGAUGCAUAUUCAGUUGAAUAUCCUGCAUGGUACAAAUCUUUCAGAAUUAUUUUCAGCUCAUUUGCUGUCCUAUCUCUGGGAGCUAAUUUAUUAAUGUAUCACUCAGUCAUGAACUAGUUUCUUACCACAAGGUUGUUUGUGUUGAUAUAACCUGUAAUUCAAAAAUUAAUACCUACCCAUUUUAAUUUCAACGCAUGAUAACUAAUUUGCAAACUGAACUUUCAAUUGCAAAAUGGUUUUCUGUCAAAUAACUCAUACACAGAAAUAAAUAGUCAUAACCAGACCUUUGGUUAAGCUCAA